GGCAAAUGCGUGUGCUGUGCUGCCCACACACACAUACACACACACAGUUUCUCGAUUCUUCUCUUCUCUUCUCUUUUUUUGUGGUGGAUUCAAACCUGUUUAUGUAUGGCAUUAUAAACCUUUUGUUUUUCUUCUUCACAGUAAGGCACUGGCGCAUCGUUUGCUUUUUAAAUGUUUUAAAACUUCUUUUGAUAGUUUUCUGUGGUAUUUCUUUUUGUGGAAUUCUCUUUUUCCCGGCACAUUCGCAUCUUCACGAUCCUUACAUGCAGGAACACAUCAGCUGUGGGUGACAGCCACAACUUGGUUGUUGUAGUCGGUGUUCAAGUGCACCCGUUAAAGAAGAGAGAAAGCUACGGUGUUCAGUGCUUCCUUCCUACGGCCUCCAACCCAUCAAAAAAAAAACCUUAGUCUUGUUUUGGUGUACCGCGUUGCAUUUUCAUUUCAAUAGUUAGUAACGAUCUAUGUAGGUCCCACUAAAGGAGGGGGGGGGGGGCGAUCAGGAGGAGCAGCGCAGAAAGAGAAGUACACCAAUCGCAUGUCUUCUUCCCUACAUCUGCCUGUAUGGAUAAAACAGAAAGAAAGAGUAACAUGUAGGAAGAUGAAGCUCCGGCAGAUCUUGAUGAUUUCCUUUCUCGAAGGGGAAAACGGAUUUUUUUUUUUUAGUAGCGAUAGAGAGCGUGGGAACGAAAAAAAACUCCUGCAAUGUCAGUAGACAUGUGCUGAGACUCGUGCAGUGCGCAGGUACAGCGUCGUGCAGAGUUUACCGAAAGAAACGUAGGGGAUAUCACUCUAUUGCAUCAGCCCUCUGUGCAAUUGACACACACACACACACGGAAGAAUAACGAUAGGGAGAUGGAUGGCCAGAAACCAUUACUUGUGAGAGUUCUCUUUAAGUGCGCAGUGGGCAAAAGAAACCACCGAAAAAGAAGAAUACAGCGGGGAAACAUGUGUGAAAAACGAAGCAGGAAGAAAAGUAAACGUUGAGGGUCUAAAACGUGUUGCACAGAAUCACUUUUUCAAAUAUUUUUUUACCCUCUGUUGUUGGUGCUGUAAUCACUGACUGGAGAAAAGCGAAUGAAGAGAGAAAUUGCACGUUUUGUUAAGUGUUAUUUUUAGGACAUUACUUCUAUUACUAUUUAUUAUUAUUACAAGCUUUUUAUUUAGUACUGUUUCGCUUUGCUUCUCUCCCCUUGAAAUGGGAUCAGAAAAAAAAAACCUUUUCAGCGCUGAGUCGCGGAUGGGGGAAGAGAGGCAAUGAAAAGCCUUCUGAACUUUCUCAGCUACGAUGUAUGCGUUUGGCAGCAAGCACAGUUGCACAUGAGGUCAACAAUACUCGUAAAAAGGAACAACACAUACAGGGAAAUCAACUGGCGCAUAGCGCUACUUUUUGUGAAUUACGUAGAUCCGCUUAUUGGGUGCUGUAUUGGGACGACGAGGUAGCUCAGCAGUGUACGACGACAUCGCAAACGCAUUAACCAAUUCAGCUUGUAGCAAGAAAAGAAGUGAUGUUUUAUUCAUAAUCGAUUCUGGUGUGAAGGACGGUUACACCUGCUGCAAUGCAACAGUAUUAGUAACUACAAAAAUUUCAGGAACACAAGCAAUGCGUUCACGUAAACGUUUCCCGUAAAAUUCGUACCUGUAGAAAGGAGUAAUCCUUUUUUUUUAUUGGUUUAUGCUAAGCGCGCUCUUCGCGCAUCACCGAUGCCCCCGCUCUUCGUCUUUACUGCUCCUUUCCCUUCCCCUUCUUCUCGGCGCCUUUUUCACUUUCGGCUGCAAUUACUGAAGGUCAAACAUCGGAUUUAGUACGUAAAAAAAAAGGAACGACGAGCCAUGCCGCUACGCCAGCGCCAGGGUGGGGUGCACGACACACCAGUGGCGUCCCCCGAGCCCUCAUCUGCUGCUAAAAGCUCUUCCAAUCCGCCCUCCUUGGCGGACACCACGGCGGCCACACACCACGAGUCGGUGCUGCGCCGUGCCGCCCCCGUCUUCCUUCUCAACGCGUCUCUUGCCGGGGUGUGUGGCGCCUUGUCCGGCGUUGUGGGUAAACUUGCGGUGGAGUCGGCACGGGUGCCCUCACUUGUGCGCGCUGGUGCCGCCUUUCUUCAGCUCGAUGCGCAGACAACGGAGACAGUGCAGGCCGUCGUGCCGUGGCUGCUGCGACUGCUGUUUUUUCUGCUGAAUGCGGUGCUGACGGGCUCCAUGUGGCGCUUCUACCUGAAGGCGCUGUCGCAGGGUCCCACGCCGGUGUGUCAGAUUCUGAAUACGGGCACCAACUUUGUGGUGAGUGCGUUUGCUGGCUUAGUCUUUUUUGCCGAGGAGGUGACACCGAUGUGGGGUGUGGGAGCGUUGUUGAUAGUGCUGGGUCUUGCUUUGGUGGUGUCCGACGCGCAGGUGACGGUGUAG